GUGUUCCUUUCAUUGGCAGGCGCUGAGGCCGGGGACUUAACCGAACAGUCAAAACCUACCGAGUUUGCGCGUGGCGAGCAUCUCGCGGGGAGGGAAGCCGGGGCCAGGACGGGAAGCUGUGUGCCUGAGCAGGGGAGCGUGGAAGGCGCGGCGGCUCAGCCGUGAGCGUCUCACACCAUGGCAGUUCCUGAGACCCGUCCCAACCACACUAUUUAUAUCAACAAUCUCAAUGAGAAGAUCAAGAAGGAUGAGCUCAAGAAGUCCCUGUAUGCCAUCUUCUCCCAGUUUGGCCAGAUCCUGGAUAUUCUGGUGUCUCGGAGCCUGAAGAUGAGGGGCCAGGCCUUUGUCAUCUUCAAGGAGGUCAGCAGUGCCACUAAUGCCCUGCGUUCCAUGCAGGGGUUCCCCUUCUACGACAAGCCCAUGCGCAUCCAAUAUGCCAAGACUGACUCGGACAUCAUUGCCAAGAUGAAGGGCACCUUUGUGGAAAGGGACCGCAAACGAGAGAAGAGGAAGCCCAAAAGUCAGGAGACACCAGCUGCCAAAAAGGCUGUUCAGGGUGGGGCAGCUGCCCCCGUGGUGGGCGCUGUUCAGCCUGUACCGGGUAUGCCGCCCAUGACUCAGGCUCCCCGCAUCAUGCACCACAUGCCUGGCCAGCCUCCUUACAUGCCACCACCUGGCAUGAUCCCACCACCGGGCCUUGCUCCUGGCCAGAUCCCCCCUGGGGCCAUGCCCCCGCAGCAGCUCAUGCCUGGACAGAUGCCGCCUGCCCAGCCUCUCUCCGAGAAUCCACCCAAUCACAUCCUGUUCCUCACCAACCUGCCUGAGGAGACCAAUGAGCUCAUGCUGUCCAUGCUUUUCAACCAGUUCCCUGGCUUCAAGGAGGUGCGUCUGGUCCCCGGGCGGCACGACAUUGCCUUUGUGGAGUUUGACAACGAAGUGCAGGCUGGGGCAGCACGAGAUGCCCUGCAAGGCUUUAAGAUCACGCAGAACAAUGCCAUGAAGAUCUCUUUUGCCAAGAAGUAGCGCCUUCCCCCACGGGGUGUCCCGGUCCCCAUUCUGGGGCUGCCCCUUAAACCCCCCCCCCCCCCCUUGGCUCAGUCCCUGAAGGUAAGUCCCCCUUGGGGGCCUUCUCAGAGCCGCGUGUGAGUGUGUGGUUGCCACACAGCAUUGUACCCAGAGUCUCCCCAGACAUUGCACCUGGCGCUGUUGGCUUGUGAUUAAAGUGGUUUUUUUGAGGGUUGGUUUUUCACCACUAUUGUCUGUUUUAUUUUGUCUUCCUUGGUUCCCUCCACAUGGAGAGGUUGAAUCUCCUGGCCUCUGUGGGUUCACUCACAAUCUUGGAAAACACACGAGUAUAACGAUAUUAACCACAACUUAAGCUACAUUGACAGCUUCGGCAG